AUGUUGACAAUCCCCAAUGUUACUUGGCUGGACCUACUAUGCCUUACUGGUGUCGGAGUCUAUCUAGUAAAGCAGGUAAUUAUCAAGAAGAAUCCUGCACCAUAUCCACCUGGUCCCCGGGGAUGGCCUCUCAUUGGCAAUAUUUUAGAUAUGCCUCGCAUCAAGCCCUGGGUCGCAUUUACUGAGUGGGGUCAGAAGUAUGGUGAUAUCGCGCAUAUCGAGGUUCUGGGUCGGCACAUAAUCGUGCUGAACUCUACCAAGACUGCAUUGGAAAUGAUGGACAGUAAAAGCACUUUGUAUUCUGACCGUCCUGUUCUUCCUAUGGCUGGCGAACUUGUUGGCUGGAAGGACUCUUUGCCUUUCCUUCCUUAUGGUAACCGUUUUCGCCAGCAACGCAAGAACUUCCAUCGGAUCAUCGGCAGUCGUGCUGCAGUGGACGUAUACAACGUGGUCGAGGAAGUUGAGACUCGUCGAUUCCUGAAGCGUGUGCUUGCGAAACCCGACCAACUGCAGGAACAUGUCCGACACACUGCUGGCGCGAUCAUUUUGCGCAUUUCUCAUGGUUACGAAGUGAAAGAGAACAACGAUCCCUUCGUUGACCUUGCAGACCGCGUUAUAAUCAAUGGCUCGCAGGCCGCAUCUCCCGGAGCAUAUAUGGUUGACACUUUACCAUUCUUGGCAAAGGUUCCCGUGUGGUUCCCCGGUGCUGGCUUCAAGCGCAUAGCACGUAAAUGGCGUGAGACCCUCGAAGAGAUGGUUUCUGCACCCCACAAGUUGGUGAAGGACCAGAUGGCUGCUGGUACUGCCCCUGUGUCUCUUACCUCGAAUCUCUUGGAAGGCCGUGAUGUGUCUGCGGAAGAGGAACACUCUGUGAAAUGGUCUGCUUUUUCCCUGUACAGCGGUGGCGCCGACACGACUGUUUCUGCAAUCAACUCGUUUUUUCUAGCUAUGACACUUUUCCCUGAUGUGCAAAAGAAAGCUCAGGCUGAAAUAGAUGCGGUUGUCGGUUCUGAUCGUCUUCCCACCUUCGCCGACCGCGACUCCCUGCCUUAUACUGAGGUGCUUGUCAAAGAAGUUCUCCGCUGGAACGUUGUCGUUCCCACCGGUUUCCCCCACCGUGUAACUGAGGACGAUAUCCAUAAUGGGUACUAUAUUCCAAAAGGCUCCAUAGUACUACCUAACAUUUGGUUGGUGCUUCCCUUCGGUUGGUUCAUGCUCAAGGAUCCACGCACGUAUACUAACCCCUCGCAAUUCAACCCUGACCGCUUCUUGGCUAAGGAUGGAAAGGACCCUGAGACAGAGCCUCGCACAGCCUGCUUCGGCUUUGGUAGACGUAUUUGCCCAGGUGUAUUCAACUCGCAUCAGUUAAUCCACAGCAUUCUGACAUUUGCUUGCUUUUGGUGUACAGGUAUCCACCUUGCUGAAGCCUCCAUUUGGAUAUCCACCGUGAUGUCAUUGGCCGUGUUUGAUAUUUCAAAGGUUGUCGAGAAUGGUAUUGAGAUCACCCCCAGUGUUGAACCCUCACCAGGUACGAUCAGCCACCCCAAACCUUUCAAGUGCUCUAUCAAGCCUCGCUCUGCGACUGCCCUUAGGCUCAUUGAACAAGAUGCUAACUACUAA